AGUGAAAGUGUUCCGUCUCAGUCGGUGUGUCUCAGUGAGUGUCGGCAGCUGAUCUGCUCUUACCGGAUUGUUUUCUGAUAAUCGAUCAGAUCUGUUGGAUAUUCGGUGAUAAUCAUGAAGUUUCUGCUUCUUCUGUGGUUUCUGUCCGUCUGUCUCCGGAUCACGGCUCCAGAAGAGCCGGAGGUGAUUGGAUCCCAUGUCCCAGUUACAGCCCUCGUCGGUCAGGAUGUCAUCCUGCAGUGUCAACUGGAGCCACCCUUUGACGUCCACAAUCUAACAGUGGAGUGGAGAUUUCAUAAAACGAUCGCGCACAUGUACCGGAGCAGGGGCGACGAUUUCGACUCUCAACAUGAGCGCUUCAGAAACAGAACAGUUCUCUUCCACGACAACAUGGUCACUGGCGAUAUUUCUCUGAAACUGAUCAAUGUGACCGAAGAGGACAAAGGAAACUACACCUGCCAUGUCCCCAACCUGCAAAGUCAGGUCAGGAAAGCAUACAUUACCCUCAACGUUGUGUCUAAGGAGGAAAACGAGAGAAGAAAAGAUCCAGACAAAAGUGGUGCAAUUGCUGGCAUCAUCGUUGCUGUCGGUGUUGUCGGUCUUGUCAUUGCUGCCAUUGUUGUCAAACGUAAACGUGGUCGACGACGACAGCAGCAACAGAACAACGUGGACCCUCCUGCUGAAAUGAUGAACAUGCUGCAACCAGCAUCUACUCCAUGAAUGUAUCUCCUGGUUUGGUGAUGGAGCCACCACAUGCAAAAAAAAAAUCCAGUACUGCUUUUUUAAAAAUCAGGUGUAUCAACAAUCUGCUCAGAAAACACUCCUAUUAGGUAAACAAGCUCAAAAAUAUAGAAAUCAUUCCAAAGCACUGUCAACAGAAGGCGACAGCGUACGACUUUAUUUAUUUCUCAUGGAAGAACAAACUAUGAACCUAAACAAGUGUGAAGAGUUUAAACAGGGUACGGGUUAAAUAGGGAACAUCGUCUGCUGCUAAAGUCAGAGAAAGUGUGUGAAUGGGUAAUAGAUGUUCUUCUUCAUGUCCAGUUGUGUGUAAGUUGUUUAGGGAAGAGUCACUUUUAUUAUCACCGUGUAGCACAAGAUUGUCUGAUGAAAUGACGCCAAUCAGGGGAUAUUCUUUCAGGUGGUGAGGGGAAAGUGAAGACCAAAUAUAAAAACAAGACUCUACCAGAUAAGUGCUCUUAGUGCAAGUUUUAUAAGACCAGCACUCAGACUGUAAGGCUGCAGUGUUCUCAUCGGUUCCUGUUUUUGUGUUACUCACAUCAUUUAGAGCCAUAAAAAAAAAGAACCUCGUGCAACCUGAAGUUACCUCGACAGCCUCAAAUCCUGCUGAGAGUAAACCAGC